AUGGAUAUGGAGGUGUUGCAUAGCACUCCUACUGAGAUGCUAGGUUCUCACUCCCUUUCUUUUCCCAUACUGUCUCCAGAGGAACAUGGCACAGCGGAUAGAGACGACGCAAUGCCCCCCGAGGAUAGGAAUGCUUCGACAUUUGGAAAGCGGUCACCUAAGGUGGUACACCUCGAGUCCGACUCCGAGGCCGAGGGAGAGGAGUCCGACAACCCUGGCCAGAAGGAAGACACCAUGGAGGAGGAUCCAAAGGAGGAGUUGAACCCUUGCGGAAGUCCAAAGGUGGAAUACGUGCCCUAUUCCCCCACUUCGGCACCCCGUCGAGUUUUGAUUCACCCCACGCAGCGGAACCGGGUCUUCACUGCGCGAAAGGGUGUUGGAGGGAGACCCCUGGUUUGGGUUCCUCUUGCUGCUGCUGUUCACGUCAUUGCUGUUGCUGUUCGCGUUCAGAGUGGCAGCUGUGCUUUUAUACAAAAGUUACAAAUGGAUAGAACUUGGAUUGAAAAACCUCGAACAACAAAAGAAUACCAAGACGGCGUAAAUGGAUUCCUUGAUUUUGCUUUUGCGAGAGCGGCCAUUUCGGAUAGAAUAUGUUGUCCAUGUCCACGGUGUGCGUUUGGAAAAUGGCAUAAAAGGGACACAGUUCAGGAUCACUUGCUCUUAAAGCCGUUUUUCAAGAAUUUUCUUGUUUGGAAUCGUCAUGGUGAGAUACAACCUGCUGAGCCAAGUAGUAUAGAAGUGCAAGCGACACCAUAUCAAGAGAAUCCAUUAAACACAUUAAUCAAUGAUGUAUUCGGCCACCAUGGGGAUGAAGGUAUAACGGGAGUGAAUGAUGCAGUUAUAGACAAUGGAGGUGAAGACAUCGCAGAUGAAAGAUCACAUGAAGCCUCUUUUGAUGAUGGUAGCGAGUUCAAUGAAUUUGUAAGAGACGGAAAUGAAAAGUUGCAUGAGGGCAGUAAAUGCACAAAGUUGGAGUUUAUAAUCAAAUUGUAUCACAUAAAGGUUUUGUGUAGAAUAAGUGAUAAUGCCAUGACUAUGAUAUUGAAUUUGUUGAGAGAUACAUUUGAUGGAAUACAGUUGCCUUCUAGUUUUUAUUUGGCCAAGCAAGUAAUUUGCAAACUUGGCCUGGAAUAUACUAAGAUAGAUACUUCCCCAAACGAUUGUAUGUUAUAUCUAGAUGACAAUCCAGAUAACGUACAAGACACAUGGAAGUAUUGCGGUAUAUCUAGAUGGAGCCCUAAGAAAAAAAAGAAAAAGCAAGCUGCAAAAAUUUUGCAAUACUUUCCAUUGAAGCCAAGGUUGAAAAGAUUAUAUAUAUGUAGCAAGACGGCUGAGCACAUGCAAUGGCAUAAUUCUGCACCUGCAAGAGAUGGAUUACUGAGACUUCCAAGGGACGGCCAAGCGUGGAAGGAUUUUAAUGCUACGCACACUUUGUUUGCCGAAGAGCCACGAAAUGUUCUCUUAGGUCUUGCAAUUGAUGGUUUUAAUCCCUUUGGAGCCUUGAGUUCUACCAAUAGCGUUUGGCCUGUGUUCCUGAUUCCAUACAAUCUUCCGCUUUGGAUGUGUAUGCAUCACACUUCUUUCAUCUUAUCAAUGAUUAUUCCAGGAAAGAAGUCUCCGGGAAAUAAGAUAGAUGUGUACUUGCAGCCCCUUAUAGAUGAAUUGAAAGAUUUUAUGGAACGAUGGUAUGCUAUCUGGUUGGAACACACACACUGGUUUCGCUUGUCCCACUUAUUUAGACUGAAUCGUGUUCGUUUUGACGGAAGCACAGAGGAGCGUGGUCCACCUAAGAAGUUAUCAGGUGUUGACAUUCUUGAACAACAACUGGAUGUUGAAACACGAGAUCAGCAACGAGAAGAAUCUCAUAGUAGUGGGAAGAGACCUCGACGAGAAGUCAAGCAGUGGAACAAGCGAAGCAUUUUCUUUGAUCUUCCGUACUGGAAAACCAAUUCGUUGUGUCAUAAUUUGGACUUUAUGCACAUUGAGAAGAAUGUGUGUGAUAACAUUUUGUACACUUUGCUUAAUGAUAAAGCAAAAUCAAAGGAUAAUCUCAAGGCACGGAAAGAUUUGAAAGAAAUGGGCAUAAGUUUAAGUACUUCUAAACUUGACAAGCUCCAACAACGCAUAGUGAUCAUCCUUUUCCAAUUGGAAAUGUUAUUUCCUCCAUCAUUCUUUACCGUUAUGGUUCACUUGACAGUCCAUCUAGUAGAGGAAGCAAAGCUCGGAGGUCCAGUGCAUUAUCGAUAUAUGUAUCCUGUUGAGAGGGAGUUAGGUCAUCUAAAAUCCCAUGUACGGAAUAGAGCACAAGCAGAAGCGUCUAUAGCCGAAGGAUAUCUAGCUGAGGAAUGUCUCACUUUUUGUUCUUGCUAUUUUGAGGAUAUAGAGACAAGGUUCAAUAGACCUAGACGUGUAUGUGAUGACCCACUUGACAGGGGAUGCUCAGAAUCUUGCCUCUUUCCGACGGUGGGUAAAGCAGGGAGUUCUGGUACAUUUUUUACUUUAAGUGAAAAGCAAAAGCUACAAGCCCAUAGAUAUGUGUUACUGAAUUGUCAAGCCGUCAAGGAUUAUGUGAAGUGGGUAAACAUUUUGAGUGAAUUCAGGAAAUACAUAAUAAGAAGCUCAAAGGGAAGGAGAGCGAACUCCACAGACAUAGAGAAGAGAGUGUUUAAGGAUUUUGUUUCGUGGUUUGAAAAACGAAUAAUGAACCCGGAUACCAUAGAACAGCUAUCUACUGACAUAAAAUUUUUAGCACGAGGCCCCUUAUCAAAUGCAACGAGAUAUAGUGCUUAUAAAAUUAAUGGUUGCACAUUUCGAACUGUUGAUCGUGAAGAAGGUAUGAGGACACAGAAUAGUGGAGUAUAUUUAACAUCUAGCACACCAUGUGUUGCAAGUCGAGUUGACAGAAAUUUAAGACAAGGUGAUGUACCCUAUUAUGGGAAGUUGGAGGAUAUAAUUGAGCUUAGCUAUUAUGGGCGAUUCACUGUUGUUCUCUUCAAAUGUAAAUGGGCUGAUUCUACUCGACAUAGAGGAUAUAGAAGAGAUCAAUGA